AUGGACAAUAUCCGCGGGAAGAAAGAAGAUGUCGAAAGCCCAGCCAACAUACUUCCACAGGUGGACGAAGGGGAUCUUAAACCGGCAGUGACCGAAGAUGCCGUAUUCGGGGUUAUUGAAGGGGACGGUCCGAAUUAUCGCAAUAUCGGCUUGGGUGUCCUCUCUAUCCCAUCUGCAUUUGAUACAUUGGGCCUGGUGCCUGGAGUGCUGUGCCUGGUCGCCAUAGCCAUCAUCAACAGCUGGUGUAGUUAUAUGGUCGGCAGCUUUAAGCUCAACCAUCGUGAAGUGUAUGGUAUUGAUGACGCAGCUGGGCUCAUGUUCGGCCCCGUGGGACGUGAGAUCCUCGGAGCCGGAUUCAUCCUUUACCUGACCUUUGUUGCUGCUUCCGGGAUACUUGGCAUCUCAAUCGCUCUGAAUGCGAUUUCAACCCAUGGAGCGUGCACCGCUAUUUUCGUUGCUGUCGCUGCUAUUGGGGUGUUCUGUCUUGCAAUUGUGCGUACUCUGAGCCGCGUAACGGUUAUUGCGUGGGGUGGGUUGGCAUGUAUUCUCAUUGCCAUCUUCAUCGUGACCAUCGCGGUCGGCGUAGAAGACCGCCCUUAUGCUGCACCGCCAGGCCCGUGGGUUUCAGACUAUCAGAUUGUCAACAACCCCAGCUUCGCGAAGGGAAUCUCGGCAAUCUGUACACUUAUCUUUGCCUACGCCGGCGUUCCAUUCUUCUUUCCGAUCAUAGCCGAGAUGCGUGAGCCUCGCCACUACACCAAGGCCUUGGCCGCCUGCCAAACCGUUGUCACCAUCAUCUAUGUGACAAUUGGGAUCGUCGUGUACUAUUACUGCGGAUCCUACGUCGCCUCGCCUGCGCUUGGCUCCGCGGGAAAGUUGAUUAAACAGAUUGCCUACGGCAUUUCUCUUCCAGGACUGUUCGCGAGUGCGACGAUCUGCACUCAUCUUGCAAGCAAGCACUUCUUCGUGCGAAUGCUGCGAGGGUCAAAACACCUGGUCGCAAAUACACUUGUGCACUGGGGGACCUGGAUAGGGUGCGUCCUGGGUGUCGUCGUCAUCGCGUAUAUCGUUGCAAGUGCAAUUCCCAAUUUUGACAGCCUCAUAUCUUUUAUUGGAGCGUUGCUUGGCACGUUACAAGGCUUCCAGCCGAGUGGUUGCAUGUGGUUGUAUGAUAAUUGGAGUCGGGGCAGAGGGCAGCGAUCGCAGAGAUGGACCCUGGGCGUUUGCUGGAGCGUCUUCGUUGUUGUCUGCGGCACAUUCUUGAUGGUGGCGGGCACAUAUGGCUCCGUAGUUGGGAUUAUCGACUCUUUCAGCACGAAUGGUGGAUCGGGUGUUUGGUCUUGCGCUGACAACUCCAACUCGGUGUAG